UAAUACUAGUAUAGAAACACCCGAUAUAGUGUAGCUACAACUAUACAUAUCCCAAUAAACUAAGACCCAUUCAAAACAAAAGAAAGGACAAUGUCCGAAAACAAGCACAGUUUGAAGAAGGAUGCCACCUUCCAUGCGAACAGUGGAUCGCAACCAGAUCUAUUGGAUCGAACCUACGGAUUUCUGAAGGCGGCCCGAAUAAACACUCCCAUCCCGAAGUCCCGUGUAUCCAUGGAUACGCGUAAGCUUGUGCAGAAAUUGCAGACCAUUACCAAGCAGGAUCAGGAAGAGGACGAGGACGAGUUUGAUAAUUUUACUUCUCUUAUGUCCUCGGAGGAUUCGGAAUGCGCCGGAAUGUCGGAGUUUGAACUCAAACGGAAACAAUUCGAUACCGCCGAAUUUACCAUAACUCGAGGCAUCAAGCUAAGUCAAAUAUUUUGUCCCAAGGAUUCGGGCCUACAUCUGCCGCUGGCUUCGAAGGAAGCUGCGGGCUUGAACUCUUUCGAUGACAUGAAGACCUACUGUCGCCAAAUGAACAUCCAUUUGGCCAGAUGAAUCGCGGUGCAGGGAUUGCCGAAUCUUAAUAUAUUAUACUUUGUUACGA